ACGGUCAGAGCUCACACGACCACCAACCCAAGCCCGUAGCCGCCGCCGCCGCCGUCGCCAGCGCAUCCGCAGCGACCCCUCCCUCCUUUCCCUUUCCCCACGAGCCCUCCGCGACGCCGGCGAGCCCGUUUGCCCCCCCGCAGCGGACAUGGGAUCGGCGGCGCUCGGUGGUGCGGCUCCGGCGCGCGCCGGAUUGGCCCCCAAGAAUGGAGUCCUUGGAUCUACUUUCAAGCCAUGCGGUGGUUUCAUGCUCAAAACAACUCCUAAGGUUGGACGCUCUUCAGUCUGUGUGAGGGCAUCCAUUGCUUCGUCACCACAAAAACAGUACUCUGCUAAGACACCAGCAGUUAAAUCAGGGGAGGAAGUGCGCAUUGCAGUGCUAGGAGCCAGCGGUUAUACUGGAGCCGAGAUUGUUCGGCUUCUAGCAAACCACCCUCAGUUCCGUAUCACAGUGAUGACCGCAGACAGAAAAGCUGGUGAACAGUUUGGAUCUGUAUUUCCUCACUUGAUAACACAAGACCUGCCAAAUUUAGUUGCAAUUAAAGAUGCAGAUUUUUCAGAUGUUGAUGCGGUUUUUUGUUGCUUGCCACACGGAACAACACAGGAAAUUAUUAAAGGCUUACCCCAGCAACUGAAGAUUGUUGAUCUCUCUGCGGAUUUCCGAUUGCGUGACAUCAAUGAGUAUGCUGAGUGGUAUGGCCAUGCUCAUAGGGCACCAGAACUUCAGGAAGAGGCUGUAUAUGGUUUGACGGAGGUUCUUCGGGAUGAAAUAAGAAAUGCACGGCUUGUUGCCAACCCGGGAUGUUAUCCCACGUCUAUUCAGCUCCCUCUUGUUCCUCUCAUAAAGGCAAAACUGAUCAAGCUGAGCAAUAUAAUAAUUGAUGCAAAAUCCGGGGUAACUGGAGCAGGACGUGGAGCUAAGGAAGCAAAUCUUUACACCGAGAUAGCUGAAGGCAUUCAUGCUUAUGGAAUAAAAGGCCACCGGCAUGUUCCCGAGGUUGAACAAGGAUUGUCAGAGGCUGCUCAGUCCAAAGUUACUAUCAGCUUCACUCCAAAUCUUAUCUGCAUGAAACGUGGCAUGCAAUCUACUAUGUUUGUUGAAAUGGCACCUGGAGUGACUGUCAGUGAUUUGUAUCAGCAUCUGAAGUCUACUUAUGAGGGUGAAGAAUUUGUGAAGUUGUUAAAUGACAGCAAUGUUCCUCACACACGCCAUGUUGUUGGAUCGAAUUACUGCUUCAUGAAUGUCUUCGAGGACAGAAUUCCCGGAAGGGCCAUCAUCAUCUCUGUCAUAGACAAUCUUGUGAAGGGGGCAUCUGGCCAGGCCGUGCAGAACCUCAAUCUGAUGAUGGGACUGCCUGAGAACAUGGGACUGCAAUAUCAGCCCCUAUUUCCUUGAUAUUGUGCCUUUGUUGUGUUCUGUCUCGAUGAUGCUUUGGAGUUAAGCACCCAUCUCUGUUUUCCAUUGAGAAGCAAAGAGCUGAAUGUUGGAAUGUAACCAAACUCUCUCAAAAUCAAAACUUGGUUUAUGCUGGUGUAGUAUUUAGAGUUGAGCAGCAAUUAGCAGUUGAAUAAGAGUAUGAACUGAGCGGCUUGGUGUAAUGAAAGUCCGAAGGCUGUUACAUUCUACAUUGCAUUGUUGUCAUGAGAUCAAUAAAGCAGUGUAAAACCCGAUUCAGAGACAUCAA